AUGGGGGAAGGACAUCCUGCAUCUCUACUUGAUUUGACACAGACCGUGUGUGUAGGAUGCCACUGCCUCAUCCGUGACAAGUACCUGCUUAGCGUCAUUGAUGGCCUAUGGCACGAGCAAUGCGUCCGGUGCGUGGCGUGUGGCGACCCGCUCAAGAACACAUGCUUUCUCCGGAACCAGAAACUUUACUGCAAGCGCGACUAUGUCAAUCUGUUUGCAGUGAGGUGUGGUGGCUGUGCAGAGGCCAUCUCCCCUGCAGAGCUGGUGAUGCAUGCUGGAGCUGCAGUGUUCCACCUGGCCUGUUUUAACUGCAGUCUCUGUUCCUGUCUUCUGCGGACUGGAGACUGCUGUGUCCUCAGGGAAGGACGGUUGCUCUGUGCUAGAGACUACAACCAGGAAGUGGACAGACCCACCUCAUCAGACUCAGGUGAAAGUGAUGAUGAGGAGGAGGAGGAGGAGGAGGAGGAGAAAGGGGAUGAGGGCAGUGUGAAGGCUUCAGGCAGACGUGGCGGCGGAGCAGACGACCCUGAACACAAACGACCCAAACGUCCACGCACCAUUCUGACCACCCACCAGAGACGGGCCUUCAAAGCAUCCUUCGAAGUCUCCUCCAAGCCCUGCCGGAAGGUAAGAGAGACCUUGGCAGCGGAGACCGGUCUGAGCGUGAGAGUCGUGCAGGUCUGGUUCCAAAACCAAAGAGCCAAGAUGAAGAAACUGGCAAGAAGGCAGCAACAGCAGCAGCAACAAGAGCAGCAUGAACAGCCAGCACAUCACACUGCGCCCUCCUGUGGUAGUCUGACCUCUGACCUGAACCCUCUGAGUUUGUACCACCACCCCCAGCACCACCACCCCAGCCUCCAGCAGAUGCAGGCCCUGGCCCAGGCCACCUCCUUGGGGGUGCAGGAAUAUGACAUGGAACCCUUUAGACAGGGACUCACCCCUCCACAGAUGCCCGGGGACCACAUGCACCCCUACGGCUGCAAGGACCUUUAUGUGGAGAUGGAUGGGAACCCUCUCUGUAACCUAGGUGACGGAGACUGCCUGUCUUUGUGUGACUCAUCCCUGGCCACGCCUAUCGACCACCUUUACUCCAUGCAAGAUUCCUACUUCACCUGAGUCUGGAGGCUCAGAUCCAGGAGAAGGGGGCUUCUCCCUCACACCCUCCGUCCAGACUCUCCCCUCCACGGGCACAGCGACCCCACACUGUACCACUGAGGACGGACUCAAUUCCAAGUGGACCCUCUGUACAAGUGUGUGUUUUACGUGAAGUUCAGAAAAUAAUGUAUUGUAUAACUGUAAAUAACUAUCUUGGCUAUUAUUUGUAUUUAUUACAUUUUGUGUGUGUGAUCUAC